UGUCAGGCCCGUUUAAGAUGACAGAGAGUGACGUGUGGCGCGCGCACAGGCCGGAGGCGAACUGACACCUUGCGGAGCGGCCAGAAAGAGAGAGAGACAGAAAGAAAGUGGGAGAGAGAGACAGACAGAGACAGCCAGCGCGAACGACAUACGGUUGUUGGGCUGUCCACUAAAGUGAUCUCGCCAUGCGUGAAUACAAGUUAGUGGUGUUAGGCUCUGGAGGUGUGGGCAAGUCCGCUCUGACAGUUCAGUUUGUACAGGGAAUCUUUGUGGAAAAAUAUGACCCUACAAUAGAAGACUCAUACAGAAAGCAAGUUGAAGUAGAUGGGCAACAGUGUAUGCUUGAAAUUCUUGACACAGCAGGAACAGAGCAGUUCACAGCAAUGAGGGAUUUGUACAUGAAGAACGGCCAAGGCUUUGCUCUGGUUUACUCCAUCACAGCGCAGUCCACCUUCAACGACCUCCAAGACCUGAGGGAACAGAUUCUACGAGUAAAGGACACGGAGGAUGUGCCAAUGAUCCUUGUGGGGAACAAGUGCGACUUGGAGGAUGAACGUGUUGUGGGGAAGGAACAGGGUCAAAAUCUUGCCAGACAGUGGAACCACUGUGCCUUUUUAGAGUCCUCUGCUAAGUCAAAGAUCAAUGUCCUCGAUAUCUUCUAUGACCUUGUCAGACAGAUAAAUAGGAAAACGCCAGUGGAAAAGAAGAAGUCAAAAAAGAAAUCCAACUGUGUCCUGCUUUAAAGAACUCUCCCAGCCCUGCAGCAGCUCUGAGCCAGAAAUGCUGUAAUGAAGAACUGUUGCCCUGAUUGGAACGUGCCAGCAUUCCAGCAGUCCCCCCCACUCCUGCCAUCAGCCAUAAAUGGUGAAUCAGCUGACUGAAUUGCUCAUAUCAAAGAUGAGGAUGACCUAAAUGAGAGAGCGAAGACUGAGAGACAGUAAGAGAGAAGACUCUGGUUUUCUCUCCUUUGAAGACUUUCGUCUGUGUGAACCCUGAAAGGACAGUCUCCAUUUCCUCACCAACAAACACAAACUGAUGAUAAAAAUGCUCCACAGCCUCCGAAAGUCCAAAAAACGUGUCCACGAGCAGACCCUUAUUCUCAGUUUGUGACAAAAAGAAAAUGACAGAGGUCGAUGCAAAGUUAGAACUUUGAUUCAGUAUUUUACAUCUUUUCAAUGUCAAUAUUGUAUUUGAAAGACAUGGAAGUCAAACUCUUUAGUUGUAUGAUUAUAAAUAUUCAAAAUGAGCAUGAAAAAAUGCAUUGGUUAAGUGUAAUGUUUUCAAGUGGAAAAUUGAUAAAUCGUUUAUAGCCAUACACCUAUUGUCAGUGAUAGAGGUUUAUAUUGUAUAAUUUUUUUCCUCUUUCUUCACCCUGUUGUUCAUUGAUUUCUCUUUUGCAGAUAUCUCUCUCUGAUGUGACUUAAUUUUAUACUCUGUCACUGGGAUUUCAUAGUUCCCAUAAUAUAUUCUAAAGCCUUUUUUUUUUCUCAUGCUUCAGACAAAAAUGGGUCUUUUAUAGAAGAAAUAUGGGGAAAAUAAUUGAUUUCUAUGUCUCUUGAAGCUGAAAUAUAUUAUACUAAACCAACUCUAAUAAUGCUUCUUGUGUUUUUCUGUUGAUGUUCCAGCUUUUAUGGAUUAUUAAAGUACAUUUUAGUACAUUUUCAUUAUAUUGGUUAAUGUAUUUUUGUGAAUUAAACUUUUAUCCAAA